AUGGGCAAGGUUACUCUCGAAGAGUACAUUGACCUCUUCCGCGGGAAGGCGGAGCAGAUGGGCGAGUUCCCCGACAAGAUCAUUAUCAAUGCCCUCACUGGCACGGCCAAACGCCACCGCACUGACAAGGCGCAGGCCAUCGCCACGGUCCUCCAGAACAUGCUCAUGGACCCCAGCCACCCCGCGAAACACAAACUGCCCAUAUGCUUCCUUGUGGACUCCCUCGUGAAGAACAUCACCGAUCCUUUCGCCGACCUGUUCGAGAACGGCCUCACGCGCUGGUUCUGCAGCGCCUACGAUGCUGUUGACGAAAAGAGCAAGAAACACCUGGGCAGGGUAGUGGCGACAUGGGAGGUGCAGUCGAUCUUCAGCGCUGACAAGCGCAAGGAGAUCCAGAGGUACAUGCUGAACGCCAAGCCCGCGGCCGCGUCGCUGUCUUCCUCUUCUCCGUCUCCGCCUCCGGCGGCCACCACGGCUUCGACCUCGGCGGCGGUGACCGUGACGACCGUGCCCCCGCCGUUGCCGACGGUAGCGCCGUACCAACCGCCGCAGCCGCAGGCUCCGCCCGCCGCUCCCGUCGCGGCGGCCGCGGCUCCGCUGCCGCCGCCCCUCCCACCUCUCCCCCCGGCAUCGGCCGUGGCUGCCCCGGUGGCUGCGCCAGUGGCUGCACCAGUGGCUGCGCCAGUGGCUGCGUCUGUGGCUGCGCCAGUGGCUGCGCCAGUAGCGCCAGACAUCCAGGCGAUGGUCGACUCUAGGAUGAAGCAGCUGCUGGACCAGCAGGACUUCGGGCGUGCCGUCCAGGUCGCGAACGAGGUCGCGGCGGGCGCGCGGGUGGCGCUCGACGCGAGCCUGCGAGGCGACCUCUCCGGGGCGCAGGUGCAGGCAGCCGAAGCGGCGGGAAAGGCGGCGAUGCUAGCGUGCUUGUUGGGGGGCGACGCAGCAGCGGCGGUGGGGGGGGGCUUGGGCGGCGCAGGCGCCGGCGUCGGGGUGUACCUCGCCGACCUUGACCCGUUGGACGUGCGGUCUCUGGCCAGGGGAAACCCGGCGGCGGUACGGCGGCUGUACGGGGAAGGGUUCCCGUUCUGGUGCAAGCAGGACGGCACCAGGUUCGCGAAGCAGGCGCAGCUGGACGCGCACAUGGACCUCCUGUUCCGGCGGAAGCACGCGAGAAGAGAGCAGAAGGGGGUGGCGGCCUCGCGCGAGUGGUACUGCACCGACGAGGAGUGGAUGACAGACUUCGGGCGGCUCGCGCCCCCGGCUGGGUCGGGCGCCGGGGAGGGGGAGGCGGGGGGCGGCGGCGACGGAGAGGGAGACGGCGGGGCGGACGAGGACGCCGACCCGGACGGGUCGAAGUCGUGCGUCCCGGCGGACGAGAGGUUUUCCAAGUGCCGGAUCUGCGGGGACCGUUUCUUGAUGUUCUACGACAACGACGAGGAGGAGUGGAUGUACCGAAACGCCUGCUACGUCACGGUCAAGGGCGGCGGCGAAGGUGAGGGUGGCGCGGGAGAGGACGAAGAGGAGGAGGAGGAGGAGGCGGGGGGUGCGCCGGGGGAGGCCGCGGGCGGGGCCAGGCAGAUCAUCGUGCACAAGCUGUGUCUAGACGUUAGCGGGCUCCGGGACAAGGACGAGAUCACGUGGGCAGACCUCAUGCCCGGGACGCCGCGGCAGAAGAAACGGCCGGCCGAGGGGGGUGACGCAUUGGAUGCGGCAUUUUUCGGGGAGGGCGGCGAUGACGCGGCGGAGCAGGAGGACGAGAAGGACGGCGCCGGUGAGACAGGCGACAGCAGUGGCACCCACGUUAGCGAUAGUGGCGGUGGACACGGCGGGGGAGAUGCAAACGGCGGGCGGCCGCACGGUGAGGGUGACGGGGAGGAUGACGGGCCACCGCUCAAACGAGCCAAAGCGGAGGGAGCGACAGAGGAAGAGAAUGGAUUCGGAGAGGUCGACGCGACGGGUGUUGUGAAGGCGGAGGAAGGGGGUUCGGGCGCAGGGCAAGGCGAAGUGUACGACAUGGACGAAGAGCUGGAUUUCGAAGCGUGAUGCGGCGUUGUAUUUGCCGUGCUCUACGCCCUCCCCCGAGAGCGCGACGCAACCCCUGUGUGGUUCGUAUGUCUUUUGCUCUUUAGAUUGGUUUAUUUUAGUAGAGCUCUUCCUCCUCGUUGAGGGUAGUGACCUCGUGUGAGGUUGUGGUUGGUUCUUUUUGGCUGAGUCGAGAUGCUCGAGUUGCGUCGCUACGUCCCGAAACACUUGGGAGUCGAACGAAUUGUCACACCACAACAUUGGUGGAGGCUUGUUCUUUUUGGAGCCUCUGUCCUGCGCGAGAAGCGUUCGUUAUGAUUGGUAGAUCCGUGAUUCAAAACUUUUGGCAAUUGAGAGUAAUCAGAUCACAUUGUUGCUGACUCCGGUGUAUUGGUUCUCAAGUACAGAGUGUAUGUAAACGUGUUGUGCUGCCCCACCACGCUCCCAUCCACCGUCUAUGCGAGGGACACGAUGGCGUUUUACCGCAUGUGUCGCGAUGGUUUCGUUUUGGUCGCUGGGUCAUCAUGGCCUGGCUCUGUCCAAUCGAGAGGUGUUCGUACAACGGUGCAUGAUCGAGUUGAGCGAGGAUGCUUUUAGUUUGUUGGCACUUCUUUUGGCAUGAGGGGGGGCAGCUUUGUUUCGGUUAUUGUUUGCUGGAGUGUUUUGAUGCUUCCGCGAGCAUGCGCCCGCAGGUCGUUCAUGAUGUUUUGCACCAUCUUUUUGCGAGUACAUUUUUCAAAGUGUGUACCAAGUCAGGGCCACGGUGUUUGUGCCGCUUGGUGUUAUGGUCACGUGCAGUAUUUAGCUGUGUCUGCCGGGAGCACCUGAAUCGCUGCAGUGGGUUGUGUACCUGCGAGUGUGACAAGCAAUACGAAAAACAAAGAGAGAGAGACAGGCGUUGCUGUGCGAAAGCGACGGAGAACACGACAAAAAAAAUGGAUUGGAUUGUAUCG